AUGGGCGCCGUGAGCUGCCGGAGGCGGGCGAGCCGGCGCCGCUGCCACGCCGCCGCCCUCCUCGCCGCCGUCCUCUUCACCGCGGCCAUGGUUGUGGUUGCAGGGCGGCCGGUCCGUUUGCCAGCGGCGGCGCUGGCAAGGAGGCGAAUAGACUCGUCGACGGCGAUGGCCAACGGCGCCACCAGGAGGGCAGCGACCACCACGUGGACGAGGGACGCCAUGGACGUGCUCCCAGCCCGGCGGCGGUGGCUCGUGGGGCCGGGGUCGUCGCCGCCGACGUGCCGCGCGCGGUGCGGGCGGUGCACGCCGUGCCGGGCCACCCGCGUGGUCAUCCAGCCCGGGGUGGGACCCCAGUGGGAGUACUACCCGGAGGUGUGGCGCUGCAAGUGCGGCAACAAGCUCUUCAUGCCAUGA